AUGGCCCAGAGAUCCCCUUCUGCGACCCAGCCUGAGGACCAGGCAAAUUCGGGCAGUCGCACCUCAUCCGCCAAGGACGGCGCAGGGUCACCAAAUUCAACCAAGCAGUCUAAUAGUUCGGGUGCCGUCUCUUCUUCAUCCACACUCCCACACAUAUCCGACCCGGCAUCUCACUCAAACUCCAAUUCGGAAUCACCGCAACCCCCACCACAGGCCAUGGAGAAGCCGUCGGUGGCCGGUUCGCAGCCCUCUCCCUACGGCACGCGAUCGCGGAACCGCACCGGCGCCGCACGCCCAAAUUAUGCUGAGGACAAGGACCUGGAUCUGGAGAUGUUCGACGCCUAUCCUCAGCGCAAAGAUGAUGACGCCAAAAAAUUGGCCACCAAACAACAAGGCGCAUCGUCAACGCCAGCACCCGCCAAUCCGGCGCCGGCUGCCCCGCGCUCCGGCAAUGGAUCUUCAAGAAAACCGCUUCCGGAGGACGGCAGGCAGCACAACGGCACCAAAGACCAGCACCAACAGCAACAGCAGCAACAACAACCACAGCCACAAAACCAACACCAACCAUCAAAUGUGGCAUCAUCGGCUGCCAACGGCGCUGGCGCAACAAAUAGCGCUUCAAAGGGCAAGAAGCGCAAGGUUGCCGACACGGCUCCAACGACCAGCGGCAGCCAAACACCGUCAGGGUUGAAUGGUGGCACUCUUCCCUCGUCGGGGCUGCAGAAGCGCGUCGGAACCAGCGGGCAAAGUACUGGGAAUGGCACGCCAAGCAGUGCGAGCUAUGGCGAGACGAACUUAGUCACGUUUGAGAAUUCCAAGUCCCGCCCCAAGGAUGGGAAAAUGAUCGCGGACGACGGCACGAUCCUCGAAGUAAAUGCGAACGGUCCUGACGCGAGUGACGCAGAUCAUGUGUACCUGGUCUGUGAGCCGCCCGGGGAACCGUACUAUUUGGGCCGCAUCAUGGAAUUUUUGCACGCCAAAAACGACGCGGCAUUGCCAAUCGACGCGCUGCGCAUCAAUUGGUACUACCGACCUAAGGACAUCGGACGCAAGGUGCAAGACACACGCCUUGUUUACGCCACGAUGCACUCAGACAUUAGCCCUCUGACGUCGCUGCGCGGCAAGUGUCAGAUCCGGCACAAGACCGAAAUCACCGACAUGGCUGCCUACAAGGGGACGCCCGAUUGCUUCUGGUACGAUCGGCUGUAUGACCGGUACAUCCAAAAGAACUACGAGGUGAUCCCGACGCGGCAGGUCAUCAACGUGCCCGAACACGUCAAGAAGGUGCUGGAUGAGCGGUGGAAGUAUGUCCUGACGGAACAGGGCCGGGGGAAGGAGCUGACCAGCGCGGUCAAAACGUGCAAGCGAUGCACCACCUUCUGCGCGAACGAAAGGCCCUCGCGGAACUCCCCAAAGGUACCCAAGGCUGACUUUGGGGAGCCCGAGCUAACCCCCACGGAGCAGAAAAAGUUUGAAGAGGCCGUCGCCAAGUUUGGUUCCGAGCUGCACAGCGUCAAGAAGCAUGUGAAGACCCUGAAACCUGCUACCAUAACCCGCUACUACUACACCUGGAAGAAAACAGACCGUGGAAAGCUGAUAUGGGCCAAUUUCUCCGGCCGGAAGGGUAAAAAGGACGCUAAGAAGGCCGAGGCCGCUGCGAACAAACUUGCCGACGAUGUUGCCGACGUCCACGAUGACUCUGCGUUCGACGCGGAUAGGGCCAGAGAGAAGAAGAAGAGUUUCAUGUGCAAGUUCUGCGGCACCAAGAGGUCCCGCAAGUGGCGGAGAGCUCCAGCUGCAGCUGUGACCUCGGUGACUGAGAACGGUGGCAAGAACUCUGCCAAGGAUAAAAAGGAGCAGUACAUCCAGGCGCUCUGCAGGCGAUGCGCCGAGUUAUGGCGGCGGUACGCCAUUCAAUGGGAGGACGUUGAGGAGCUGGCGAAGAAGGUCGCCCAGACGGGUGGUCGUGGGUGGAGGCGCAGGGUCGACGAGGAUCUGUAUAGGGAACUGCUCGCCGUCGACGAGAUGGUGAACACCCGGCUCCCGACACCCGAGGAGGACGAGACAGGGACUCCGGCGGCAUCUCUCAACGGCCAGACAACGAGCGCGGAACCGCCACGCAAGAAACUGAAGAGCACAUUGCUCGAUAAGGAUCUGGAGAAAACCCCGUCCGAAUCAGGCAGCGUAUCUGGCGGCCCGACAUCCAAGAAGAAGGAGAAGAUGGCGGAGAAGCACGCCCAAGCUCCAGCACCCCCGCCCGUUCCCGAAAUCCCGAAGCCGAAGACCCUGCCCUGUGCCAUCUGCCGGGAGAUGGCGCCGCUGGGUGAUCAGCACUUGUCGUGCAAGGAGUGCCGUCUGACGGUGCACCGCAGCUGUUACGGUGUCAUUGAUAACCGCGCUUCGAACAAGUGGACUUGCGACAUGUGUCUGAACGACAAGAAUCCUCAGCUGUCAAUCCACUACAAAUGUGUCCUGUGCCCGGUCGAGCAUACGGUACACGAUUUCGUGGAACACCCCAAAAUCUCCAAUUCUCACAAAAAGAAGACGGAGAAGGAGCGGGAGCGGGAGCGGAUGGAACGGGAGAACGCCCAACGCGCGGCCGAUUACUACCGUAAGAAGCAGGAAGAGAUGAACCGCCCGGUCAACCCCCGCGAGCCGCUCAAACGGACAGCGGACAACAACUGGGUCCAUGUUACCUGCGCCGUGUUUACGCACGAGGUCAAGUUUGGCAACGCCAAAGCCCUCAGUCCUAGCGAGGGCAUCCCCUUGAUCCCCCGGGAUAAGUACGCAGAAGCGUGCAAGGUCUGCAAGAAGGUCGAUGGAGCCGGCGCGAUGUCGGCUGGUGUUUGGUGCAAGGACCAUUUGCCGACGAAGACGACGGUCCAUCUAAUGCACGAGUCCGUGGCAGAGACGGGAACGAAUGCCCUGCAACUCUACGUGCAAAACUGCAAACAAGCCGAUCUGACCUUGACAGGCUGCGCGAGGAAGGCAAACCAGAUUACUGUCGCCUCGAAGAUGUCAACUUCGCCGACGCCAAUCACGGCGCACCAAAAUCGGCGGGCAUCGCUCGCCGCCUUGGUCAACGGUGACCGCGAAGACGCGCCGAUCGGCCUCCAGCCUGGCGGCAAGAUCUGCCUGACUUGUGGUGUUGACGUGAGCCCCAAGUGGCAUCCCAUCGACCAGGCACAGGAACGGGAGCUUACGAAUGGGUACUAUGGCAACAUCGGAUCCGAAGCUCAGAAGUUUGUCGAGCAGCGAAGCUUUCAAUGCCACAAAUCCAGUGCGGCAAGCUUCGCAGGCAGCCGCAGCGAUACUGCCCUCAAGACCUGA